AUGGCAGAACAAGAUGAGGCAAGGGCGCGGAGUGAUGACGAAAGCGCGGACGGCAAUUCUAGUUCCGACGCUCCUGAGACGAGUGGUUCCAAGUCUGUAGUGAUGCCGUGCACUUCCACCACAGAUUCCAUGGGACGGGAAUUCUCGGAACCAAUCACUUUUACCUACUUUACUGACGAUGAAGAGGCUAGCGAGAGUGAAGAUCAAACAAAAUACCUUACAGUGACUUACACAGCUGAAGACAGCGCCGAGGAAAUUGCCACAGCGACCCUCAUCAUCAAGCGACAGGAUCACGUAGACCAGUUUUUACCCUUCGUCGGAGCCCUACUCCGAAGUAUUCAGGACGAACAAAUGAAAUUGAAGCUCAUGGAAGACAUAUCUCAGAUCUUGAUUAAUGCUAAGACAGAGGAAAUACAGAGAAUGCGAUAUCGAUUUUAA